UCAUGUCCAACUGACACUUCAAAUUUUGACGAAGAAUUCACGAAAGAAGUACCAGUACUUACACCUGUUCAGACACAAUUAGGCUCUGAGGAACAAGAAGAAUUUCGUGGAUUUUCUUAUAUUUCUAAUUGGAUUGCUAAUCCAGAAAAUUAA